AUGGCUCCGAUAACGACCUCAAGCGAGGAACCUUCUCGCCGGAGAAUCAUCAACAUCAACGCCGAAACCGUCACAAAUAUACCUUCCACAGACUUCCCCGGCCAUUGGCCUGGAGAAUCGCAUGAAUGGUCGCGAGAGAGGUUUCAAAACGCUUUUCAAGUCGAGUUUCACAAAAGUGAAGCAUUGGAUGCCUCCUUCUCUCUCAUUGGUCUUGACGCUUCCAUUGCCAAUGCAUUCCGCCGUAUUCUCAUCGCCGAAGUCCCUACGCUUGCCAUAGAGUUUGUUUACAUCUUGAACAACACUUCCGUCAUUCAAGACGAGGUCCUCGCCUCGCGUCUUGGGUUGAUACCACUGAAGGGCUCAAUAGACGGCCUGAACUGGAUGCGAUGGUUCAAAAAGCCCACCGACGAAGAUCCGGAAGGCAGCGAGCCCAGUGAUUUCAAUACCGUAGUUUUAAAGCUUUCGGUGGAAUGCACAGUGAACGAAGAUGCGGCGCCGGAUGAGGACGAUCCCCGCAAACGCUACCACAAUGCUCACAUAUACGCGCGUGACAUGGUUUUUAUCCCCAGCGGCCGUCAACAGAGUUUCUUCACCAACGGCAAUGAAAUCGCACCCGUGAAUCCGGACAUCCUAAUUGCUAAACUUCGACCGGGCCAAGUUAUCGAUCUCGAAAUGCACUGCAUCAAAGGUAUUGGUGCUGAUCAUGCCAAAUUUUCUCCCGUUGCAACUGCAACUUAUCGUCUCCUCCCGGAAAUCCGAAUCUUACGUCCCAUCAUUGGCCAAGAUGCAAAGAAGUUCGCUAAAUGCUUUCCGAAGGGCGUGAUCGGCUUAGAGACGAUCACCUCUGAUGAAGCUGCGCAGAGAGGCAGCGGUUAUGAGGGUCACGCUGGGGAACAAAAAGCCGUUGUGGUAGAUCCCUUCAAAGAUACUGUUAGUAGGGAAUGUUUACGGCACGAUGAAUUCAAGGAUAAAGUCAAACUUGGCCGUGUUCGUGACCACUUCAUUUUUAACGUGGAAAGCACUGGCCAGUUUCCGAGCGACACCCUCUUCCUAGAAAGCGUCAAGGUAUUGAAGCUAAAGUGUGCACGUCUCAAAAGGAAUUUGGCCGAUUUGAUGCAAUAA